GAGAGGAGACGCUAUUCUGCUCGUGUGCCGCAAGGGAAGGAAUUAGGAAGACAUUCCGGAGUCGAGGGGAACUACAUUCCCCAUAAGUCCCUGCGCGCAAAGGCAGGGUGCAUGGGUCCGCCCCUUGGCCGACUCCCCUCCCCGCCAGAGCGCCCGGAUAAAGGUUCCUUUCCGUGCGCAGUGCGGCUCGGUGCGACGCGGCUUGACAACGAAAGAGGAGAAAGAGGAGGAGGAGGAGGCCGCUGUGUGGGCGAGGCGGCGAGAGCAGCCUGGCCGCGUCGGAAACUCCACCCUGGUGGGAAGAAGAGGAAGAAGGAGAAGGAGGAGGAGGAGGAGGCGGGGAAGAGUCAAGGAAGGAGGCCCCGGCGGGAGAGAUGUCGGGGCCCCCCUCGGCCCGGGGCUCCGGAGGAGGCUCGGGAGGCUUGAACCGCGAGCUGUGCCGCGCCUUCGGGCACUACAACCGGCACCUGGCGCGCCUCGAGCACAACCUGCGCGAGACCAAGAAGUUCUUCCGCGACGUCAAGUACUCCCAAGGCCUCCCUGCUGUGGUGGUUGGGCCUAAGCCCGCGGAGGAGUCGCCUCAGCCUUCACAGCAGCAGCAGCAGCAGCAGCCCGCCCCUUCGGGCCCGGACAGCGCCCCUGGUGGCCACGGAGGAGCCGCGCUACUGGUCGGGCAGCUGAGUUCAAUUGCCUUUCCCCGACAUGAGGAGGAGUACCUCCAGCUGACAGUAAGCUGUCAUCCAUGCCUUUUAAUCUUUGGUCAGAACUGUAAUGCCAAAUGCCAGUUGCUCAACAUGCUCUUGGGGGACAGACUGCUGCCUACCAACAAAAUCAGCAGUGAGGAAAACUGCAAGAGGCGUCGAAUUCACUUCACACAUGGAAGACAAACACGGAUCAGUUUAGCUUUACCUGGACAGUAUGAAUUAGUUCAUAACUUGGCAGCUCAUCAAGGUAGAUGGGAAACAAUACCUGAGGAAGACUUGGAAAUCCAUGAAGAUAAUGAGGAUUUGGCACACCGGAUCGCAGAGCUGGAAGUUACGCUGAAUCACACGUUGUUGCAGGAAGUGGAUAUUGUAGUAGCGCCGUGUCGGGAAUUCCAGUCUGCAGAAGUCACUUUGGGAGAAUACAUUAACAGUGUCCUUCCAGUCGUCACUUUUGCUAUCAGUGAGGCAGAACUGUCAGAACUGGAUAUGAAUGAACUGCGUGGGAUUAAAGAGAAACUUGCUCUGCCUGUGUUCUUUUUCAAAGUGCCAGAUUUGGGGGUUGAACUAAUAUCCCCUCAAAAUGAAGAGAAUGAAAAGUCAUCCCUUUAUCGGCAGCUGCUGGAUUUAGACUAUCUUAGUACCAACCAUUGCAGCUGUGGAGCUCCCACCUCUGAUGCCAAAGCCCAGAGCAUGCUUGUGGAACAAUCGGAUAAGCUCCGUCUGCUUAGCACCUUCUCCAAACAGGUGCUGCAAAAGCACUUGGUGGAUGCAGCCACCAUCUUGAACAUAGUACAUUGCCGUUGCCUGGAUAUCUUCAUCAACCAAGCCUUUGACAUGCAGCGAGACUUGCAAAUCACUCCAAAGCGUCUAGAGUACACACGUAAAAAAGAGAAUGAGCUGUAUGAAUCUUUGAUGAGCAUAGCCAACCGCAAACAAGAGGAAAUGAAGGACAUGAUAAUUGAGACACUCAAUAACAUGAAAGAAGAGCUGCUGGAAGAUGCUGCUAAUAUGGAAUUCAAAGACGUUAUAAUUCCUGAGAAUGGAGAGCCUAUUAGUUCCAAAGAUAUUAAAUGCUGUAUUAAGCAAAUCCAAGAAUUGAUAAUUACACGAUUGAAUCAAGCAGUUGCCAACAAACUGAUAAGUUCUGUGGACUACCUCCGUGAGAGCUUUGUAGGCACUCUGGAAAGAUGUCUUAAGAGUUUGGAGAAAUCUCAGCAUGAUGUUUCAGUGCAUAUUACAAGCAAUUAUUUAAAACAGAUACUGAAUGCUGCCUACCAUGUUGAAGUAACUUUUCACUCUGGUUCAACAGUAUCCAGAAUGCUGUGGGAACAAAUCAAGCAGAUAAUACAGCGAAUUACUUGGGUGAGCCCACCAGCUAUUACCACUGAGUGGAAAAAGAAAGUGGCUCAGGAUGCCAUUGAGAGUCUUAGUGCAUCCAGGCUGGCCAAAAGCAUCUGCAGCCAAUUUCGGACAAGACUAAACAGUUCUCAUGAAGCUUUUGCAGCAUCCUUGAGACAGCUAGAGGUUGGCCACUCGGGAAGGCUGGAGAAGACAGAAGAUCUUUGGUUGAAAGUGCGAAAGGAUCAUGCCCCUCGGCUUGCCCGUCUCUCCCUGGAAAGCAGAUCUCUGCAGGAUGUUUUGUUACAUGGCAAACCAAAAUUAGGUCGUGAGCUGGGCCGAGGGCAGUAUGGAGUGGUGUACUUGUGUAAUGCCUGGGGAGGGCACUUCCCAUGUGCACUCAAAUCUGUUGUUCCACCAGAUGAGAAGCACUGGAAUGACCUUGCACUUGAGUUUCAUUAUAUGAGAUCCUUGCCAAAACAUGAACGGUUGGUCGACCUUCAUGGCUCAGUGAUAGACUAUGGGUAUGGGGGAGGUUCUAGCAUUGCUGUUCUACUGAUAAUGGAACAAUUGCACAGAGACCUCUAUACAGGAUUAAAGGCUGGGUUGGCACUGGAGAUAAGAUUGCAGAUUGCUUUGGAUGUAGUUGAAGGGAUCCGAUUUCUUCAUAGCCAAGGGCUUGUUCACAGAGACAUCAAACUUAAAAAUGUAUUGCUUGAUAAAAACAACAGGGCUAAAAUUACAGACUUAGGAUUCUGCAAACCUGAAGCAAUGAUGUCUGGCAGUAUUGUUGGGACUCCUAUCCACAUGGCUCCUGAACUCUUCACAGGGAAAUACGAUAACUCUGUGGAUGUAUAUGCAUUUGGCAUCUUGUUCUGGUACAUCUGUUCAGGACAUGUGAAGCUACCAGAAGCAUUUGAGAGAUGUGCAAGUAAAGACCACCUUUGGAACAACGUCCGAAGAGGAGUACGCCCUGAACGCCUUGCAAUUUUUGACGAGGAAUGUUGGCAAUUGAUGGAAGCAUGUUGGGAUGGUGACUCCUCCCAGCGCCCACUUCUGGGAAUAGUCCAGCCCAUGUUGCAGGGCAUAAUGGAUAGACUUUGCAAGUUGAACUCUGAGCAGUUAAACAAAGGGUUGGAUGAUUCUACUUGAAAAAGAAGCUAUGGAGGAACUGUUCAAUUAUAUGAGAAGUCUGGUCCCUACCCUGCCACUGGCAACUUGUGUUUAAGCUCUUUGGAAGAGAGUGGCCCACAAUUGUGUGAAAGGAUAUCAAAAUUGUACUCGUAAGAGUAGCCAGGGACAUUCAUUCCCAAUACACACUACUAAUGAUAGUUGAUAGUGCUUCCUUCUUCAUUAAAAACAGACAGGGGAUUCAAAUCUCUUAGGAAUUUUGCUUAUCCCCCCUUUUCAGGCUUCAGUAAAGAAAAAAGAAGCACUGUUUGCAUCAGAUAUCUAGUGGCCAGCAUAUUUGCAUCUCCAGCUACAGUCUGCCAGAGGUCGAUGUAUCUAAGCUGCCUUGAAUAUUGUGAAUGUGGAUAAUUGGAAGAAAGAGGCUGUAUCCCUUUAAUAGGGACGAUAAUCCUGCAGACAUUGGUAGCAUGGGCUUUGGGGGGGACAUAGGUUCAUGCAGACUUCUAGUAAUACCUGGUAUGUUUACAUCACAGUGUUCAUCCUCAGAAGGGGAAAGCCCCACUGCAGUGGAAUACCCACAAGUAUAAGCUAUUUUUUUCUUCUUCUUUUGGUCAUGUGAACUAAUCUUUCUUCCAGUAAAUGCCUAAUAGAAACUCUUCAAACAUCUGAGGAAAGAUGGCCUUUUUUUACUCCCCACUGCCAAUUUUACAGUAAGAUGGGUACUUCACCAAAAGGUUUUGCACAUAUAGAAAUACAGUUAGCAACUACUGUCUGUUCUCAUGGACAAAUAGCAGAUGAGGUUUUUAACUAGAGCAGUUUUCUUCCUUUUGAACAAAGUAUAAAGGCAGUGACUGUUUUAAACUCUAAUAUUGACAUGUCAUUUUAAAAGAUUCCUUCAGCUAUCUGUGUGUUUUAAGUCAUCUCUAAGACAGAGUACCCAAGAGAAACCUGUCUAUAGACACAUGUGUUGCUGUGUCUGCCCAUUGUUUACUUCCUUGUGGUUUUGUUUGACUUUAUUGUUUGAGGACACUGUUGCAUGAAGCACAUGGAGAGGAAGGUCCAGAGAUGAAGGGCUCUUUCUCCUAUAGGUUAUCCAUCUUGAAACAAAAAUUCCUUUGCAUUUGCUUACACAGCAACUAGUUUUUAGUAUAAUUGUGUUUUGAGGUUGAUAUAGAUUGAAUAGAGAAUAGACCUGGAUGGCUAAGGAUAGGGACCAGCUACACAGUGUGCCUCAAACUUUUUGGAAAUGCAGUAUAUAAUCAUGUUCCACUUCUAUGAAAUGAGACAUGGACUGGUUCCAUUUCCAUAUGAUACUUUACCAUAUGCUGUGCAAAGCCAGUGAAGCAAACAUAUUUUACUUCCAAUUACUCCUGCUUGAGCAAAACAAAAAUACAACUUUUUGUCUGUUUACAUAAACUCCUAGAGACAAAAGUAAUCUUGUAGUAUUGUCGAAGGCUUUCAUGGCUGGAAUCACUAGAACCUAAUCUUGUAGUGUUACUCAGCCUCCUAGAUAAACCCUUUCUUGUGUGUGCAAUAAAAUAGAAAAACUGCUUUUAAAAUUAUUGCUUUUUACUUAGUAGACAUUAAUUGUUAUGUGGUGGUCUUAAACUGUAUUAGCACUUCUAUCCACUGACUGUAGCAUUUGGCAACUUGAACUGAAAUGGGCAGCAAUAGCUGCCAACCAUGCUCACAGAAAAGCACAUAUGUUCUCAAAUAGGAAGUCCUAAAAUGUCACUCAAUGUAUAAUCGGACCACCAUUCCAGUCACUUGACAGUAUUAUUUUUUACAUGUCCAUUUACACUGUGCUACCAUGGCUAGUGACCUUGUUUAAAAUUAAGGGCAUCUAGGUCAGUAUUUUUGGAACGAUAGAAAUAGUUAUGUAACAGAAAAUAAAUAAAACUAUUUGAAAAUGUCUUGUAUAGCUUUUCCCAAGGAGCUCUGCAUUUCCUUACUCUUUACCCUGUGCCUUUUAAAAAAAAAAUUCAAAUUUUUGUUUCAAUUUUAUGAAAAUGUUUUUUCCUCCACAGACAUGCAAUAGCCUCCCUACAUCUGUCCUAUAUACAAUAUAAGUACUUCUCUGUUGGAUGUAAUUUUAAUUAUUAUUUAAAAUAAUUCUGAGUAUUAAGCAGAUGUCACAGCUUGUGAUAUGUCUCCCAGCAGGGAAUACACGUUACAUUCUUUUUGAAACGUUCUCUUGCUUAAAAUGCAUUUAUUUUUAUUUAAACCAGGGAUGUAGUGUCUGAUUGCUUACACUCCUGAAAUUACAUAAGUGAUUAACACAAACACACACAUGACCAGAAACUUGAAAAAACUUGUGGUUUCUUUUUUUGCUACCCAACAGCUGCUUUGUAUAUUGGUGCAACCCCCUUGGCAGGGUUCAGCAUAGAAAAUAAUCCCCCUCCCAAUCUUUUCACUUACCCACCUUUGAUUUAAAGGACAGCCCUCUUUAUGUCCUCAUGCUCUUUCUAUGGUUGCUGGUUGAGUAUAUAAUGCAAACACUAAACAAUUGCAGAGCUCUAGCCUCAUGGGCAAAAUGAUAUGCCACCAUUGGCAUUGUGGUGGGAUUGAUAAUGGCCAUUGAAUGCAGAGCAAGAUCACUCCUUUGGCCUUUCUCUAGUGACUACACAAGAGCAGUAACUUAGAGAUCUGCCAAAGACAUUAUAAGUUCUUGAAAAAUAAUUGUGUCCAGGUACAAUUUAAUCUAUUUUAAAAAAACCCUUCCCCACUCUACUUCCGAGUCCAAUUUUCUAGGAAUCCAGUUUUUAUCACCUAUUUAGUUUCACACCCAGAAGGAAACUUUGUUUACUGCAUGAUUCAAGGUUUACAGGUUAAUGGCAGAACCAAAUGCUCCAAAGUAUAGGUUUUUGUAAAAACAACAACAAACAAACAAAAAUAAAAACCUAGGGAUAUAGCAAACAAAACUAGUUUACAAAACAAAUUCCUGGGGAAAUCAUGGCACCCAUGCUGGUGCAAGUAGUUGAUGGUUCAAAGUUGGAGCUAAUUAAUAUCAGGGUACUUUUUAUUUCUGCUCUGAAAACUGUUGUCAUUUAGGCUCUGGACAAACACUACAUAGGAAUUGCAUGAGCUAAACUUAGCUCCAGAAGCAAGGCUUGAAUACAAUAGCAGACUGCUAUGUUGUGGUGCUGGAAUAUUACCUUUAGCUUGCUGGUACAUUGUUGCUGCCUAUGGCAUUGCUUUGUAGUAAAGCAGGUUGUAGAAGUUCCUGUUUAGCAACUGACAAUUUUUCUUGUGUUUUCUCCAGCAUUAAUGUAGUGAAUAUACAAUGAAAGCUUUUCUUGUAUAAUUAAAACAAACUAUUGCAUUAACUUCCUACAGCACUUCUGUUAAGUUAGUCCUUCCUUCUGCUCCUUCCCUUCCAAAUGACAAUGUUUGAGGGGUGAGAAGACACUUGAAUGUUGGUUUUUGCAGGGUGACAGACUUCAGCUAAAAGAACGUCAGUGCUGUAUUCCUGUUUAAUGUGGUUCACUUAAUUUUUGAGCUGUACAUAGUGUUUCUUCUGUAUCCUAGCCAGAUGUUCUUUUUUUUAAAAAAAAGAAAAAGUCUCAAUACUAUUAUUUUUUCUCCAGAGAGAGAAUAAGAGCACAUCUGCAUUUGAAUCUCUCUCAGGGGCUUGAAUAGCACUGCAUUUCUUACAUUUUUAAAUGUUUUGGUUCUGCUACUGUUUGUCAACUCUUAACACUUGGCUACUGUGGGAGGAAGAAGUGUUGGGAAGAGUUAUACAGUUCAUUGUAAUGCCUACAGAUUGAGUUAUACAGUUCAUUGUAAUGCCUACAGAUUUUGUACUACUUUUUAUUUUUUAAACUGAUGUAUAAUACUCCUAAAAGCAUAGGUAACAAACUGUAUAGGAAAAGUGCAAUAACAUGGAAAAUGAGAACAAAAUAUUUCUCUUGUAUUCUAUAGUACUAAUAUCCUCUCCACUGCAGUCCCUUCCUCCAUUAUAUGUAUUUUAAGAGACACGACUGUGGGUCAAGACUUCACUUAGUGCCAUAAUGAAGAUCUGUUUUAAUAGAUGAUAGAAUGCACAGAAGUGCUGUGCUGUAUAAUAAAGUUUGCAUUAACGUUU